AUGCUUUCUUACAGUGGUGGCAUCGUCGGUCUUGUCAUCUUGAUCCUUGACUUAAUCGUCAUCUUUGAAGUCAUGAACUCAAACCGUGCUAUUUCUGGAAAAUUGGGUUGGUCUCUCUUGGUCUUUUUCUUCCCUAUUGUUGGCUUAAUCCUUUACUUCUUCUUUAGUAAUCGUCAAGAACAUAACGCACGCUACGAACCGCUUAUAUAA